AUGAUGAUGCAUGAGAAUAUAGACCUAGUCUUUCAUGAGGAUGAACCUGAGGCAUUAACUAAAGAUAGUUCAGCUGAGGAGGUUAAGGCAUUUAAAGCCUGGCAAAGGUUAAAUAGAAUGGCCAAGAACACCAUUAGAAACACUAUGUGUGACACUGUAAGAGGUAGUGUAGAAGAACCUGACUUGGCUACUGACUAUAUGGAGGUCAUUGAGAGAAAAUUUAAAGAGAGUGAGAAAGUAGAGGCUGCAAGAUUGUCUAAGGCUUUCCAUGAGCUGAAGUAUGAAGGAUCUGGGGGAGUUAGAGAGCACAUAAUGAAGCUGAUCCACAUUAAUGCUAGGCUCAGGGAGUUACUGAUGGGAGUGAAUGAUAGCCAAGUGGUGCAUGUUGCACUGCAUUCUUUGCCAAAUACCUUCAGUGGACUUAGAACUAGCUACAAUGCUCUAAAGGGUACCUGGACCAUAGAUGAGCUCAUAUCUAUCUGUGCUGAUGAAGAAGAUAGAAUUAAGAAAGAGAGAAAGCCUGCAACCUCUGUGAACCUGGUGGAAAAGCCAAAGAAAAAGAAGAACAAGCUUAAGGUCACCAAAACCAUCACUAAGCCAUCUGGAAACACUGCAGCAGCUACCACCACCACAGCUUUUAAGUUCAAGUGCUACUUUUGCAAGAAAGUAGGACAUAUGAAGGACUGCUCAGGUUUUAAGGCUUGGUUGGUGAAGAAGGGGAUUCACAAAGAAGAGGGCACCAAGAAGUGA